AUGGAGCACCAUUUAGGCAAUCUGAGUGAGUUGUGGAAGAGCCCUAGAGGAACAGUGGUUCGUAUUGAGGUGCUUGCAUUGGUGGCCAUUGCCCUCUCCUUCUUUUUUGUGGCUUUUGGGUCCAGCCGCCGCUGGUCCAACCACUGGAUUGUUCAAAAAGGUGUCUUGGUUGCAAAUGCAUUAUCAUUGUCCCUCGGGACAUACAGCAUUGGCUUAAUGCAGUCCUCGUCGGUGAAGAGUGAAAUGUACCCCAUCUGGGCCGUAUCCUUGCUCACCCUCUUCGGCAGCAUUGACUCAAUCAGUGGGUACAACCUUGACCACAACAGCCAGUUCCUGAAGUUGCUAUACCAGCUCUGCCUCUAUUGUGGAUAUGUCCUACUAAUUGGUAUAUCCACCAUCUCCACUGAUGUAGGUAACAUUGCAAUUGGUGUUCUGUGUGCCAUCACUUUCAUUAAGGGCUUUCACAGAUCACUAGCAAGUGUGUUGCCAAGCAGAUUGCGGAAUGUAAACAAAUUGAUUGCUGAUUACAUGGGAGAGAGCCAUUCAAGAAGUCAUGAUGGUGACGUCAUUAUGAGAGAUUACCCUAAGUACGUUGUCGACUGGCCCCUAGACCAUUUCAGAAAAAGAAACAACAUAUUGGAGGGUAAUGAAGUCAUCACUACAAACAAGAUAUGGCUUUGCACCCUCACUUCAUCAGGACGAAGCACCGAUUAUUACAAGGAUGUUUGCCUCUCCUUCUCCCUAUGCCAUUUGUUGCAACGACGUUUCUUCGGGUUUGCAUGUGCUGAGUCCCGCCUUGAUGAGACCGAGGAUUUUGUCAACAAAGGCCUGCUUGUACAAAGGGAUGAUGGCACUGUUGACUAUGAGAGGGCAUUUAACGUCAUCGAGGUUGAGUUGUAUUUUCUCUAUGACAUAUUUUUCACCAACAAUGCCUUCCUUCAUUACUAUGAGUCGAAAGUUGCAACAAUUUGGACAUUUGCCUCAAUCAUUGGCAUAAUAUUUGUGGGAGUUGCGACUAUCAUACCUGGGGCAAGGAGAACACAUAUUUCUGGCGACACUAUUGUUGUGACGACCGCAUCAUAUGACCUUGUCAUCACUCUAGUAAUACUGGUCUCCAUUGUUUUGCUCCAAGUGAUGCAGUUGGUACGGUGUUGGACAUCCAACUGGUCUAAAGUUGCCCUUGUGUGUCAGUCUAUCAAAAAUGGAGACGGGGGCUGCCAAAUGAGGUUUAAAGAAUUUAUGAGCAAGAUUAAUUUUUUCGCCGGCUAUGUCUGGCAACGUAAGCUUGGACAAUAUUCAUUUGUUGAAGCAAUCAGCACAAAAGAGUGUGUGUUGGCCACGUUUGUGAAACGUGCAUUCAAGGAAUGCAUCACUUUUUCAAGGAUAUUUGGGUUGCGGUACAUUGAGCAAGUUUACGAGGAAAUGUUUGGCAGUCCUACAGGCAAUCAUGUUCUGUUGACCACACACGUGAAGGAAGCCAUUGUUGACUCUUAUAUGCGCCUCUGCCUUAUUGACAAUGGUGAUCUAGGUACUUGGUCUUGGACUUGGCCGACAAUUGGUGUCUUUUCGGAGAGGAAAAAUGGACCGAGAACUAUUAUGGCUUGUCACAUUGCGACUUGUUACCUAGAAAUGGGGCAGUCAAAAAACAAGAAGUGGCUUGAUGAGCACCCUGUAGAAGAAGAGAGGGAGAAGCUAGCAGUGUAUUUUGAUGUUGCCACAACGUUGUCCAAGUACUAUGCACACUUGAUUGUCUCCGCGCCACAGUUGCUUCCUCCGAACCCGUUGGAGACAAAAUCUGCUUAUAAUGCAGCCGCACGGGAAGCAAGACAUUUACUACGUGGGGCGAAAGACAAAUAUGAGGCAAUGAAACAUAUGGACUCAACAACAGGGGUGAUUACGAAUGAAGAAGAAUCAGAUUUCUCCAAGGAAGAAUCAGUUUUUCGGAAGGGCAUGGAACUAGGGAGGAGUCUCGAAAACCGGCCUGUGUUUGUUCUAUGGGAGGAGCUGGCAAGAUUCUGGACCAAUAGGUUGCUCUAUGCCGCGCCUUCCGAUAAUGUGAAGGAGCACAUUGAUCAUCUCUCACGGGGUGGUGAGUUCAUCACGCAUCUCUGGGCUCUGCUGUUUCAUGCUGGCAUAGUCAAUGCCGACCAAUUCGAGCAAAAACAGGGGGCAAGAAGAAGGCUGGAUGAAGAAGAAGGCAGCUGGGCCUUUGGAUCUCGAUCGGACAGUGGAGAGCGAUUUGACUAA